UCAGGAACUUCACCGACCAGCUGCGCAAGAUCUCAAAGGACGCUGGGAUGCCGAUCCAGGGUCAGCCGUGUUUCUGUAAGUACGCACAGGGAGCCGACAGCGUGGAGCCCAUGUUCAGACACCUGAAGAACACCUACUCUGGACUGCAGCUCAUCAUCGUCAUCCUGCCCGGGAAAACACCCGUCUACGCGGAGGUGAAGCGUGUGGGAGACACUCUUCUAGGAAUGGCCACUCAGUGUGUUCAGGUGAAGAAUGUGGUGAAGACCUCCCCUCAGACGCUCUCCAACCUCUGCCUCAAAAUCAACGUCAAACUCGGCGGCAUCAACAACAUCCUGGUGCCGCAUCAACGGUGAGAGUGUGACUGAAGUCCCUCUGGAUGUGUUUAGAU